AUGGAAGACCCCCCAUUACCGCCCCAUGGUAGACCCCCAUUACCGCCCCAUGGUAGACCCCCAUUACCGCCCCAUGGAAGACACCCCAUUACCGCCCCAUGGAAGACCCCCCAUUACCGCCCCAUGGUAGACCCCCAUUACCGCCCCAUGGAAGACCCCCAUUACCGCCCCAUGGAAGACCCCCAUUACCGCCCCAUGGAAGACCCCCCAUGGAAGACCCCCCAUUACCGCCCCAUGGAAGACCCCCAUUACCGCCCCAUGGAAGACCCCCCAUUACCGCCCCAUGGAAGACCCCCACUACCGCCCCAUAGAAGACCCCCCAUGGAAGACCCCCCAUUACCGCCCCAUGGAAGACCCCAUUACCGCCCCAUGGAAGACCCCCAUUACCGCCCCAUGGAAGACCCCCCAUUACCGCCCCAUGGAAGACCCCCCCCAUUACCGCCCCAUGGAAGACCCCCCAUUACCGCCCCAUGGAAGACCCCCAUUACCGCCCCAUGGUAG